AUGAACAGGCCAAAGGUGUGCUUCCUACUGCCCGUCAAGGUCAUCGCCGCACCCGUUCGGACAGCCUCUCCUCACUUUGUCGUCGAGGAUCCGGCAGGACACGCCAUUCCAGUCCAGGUGUUCCAUGUUCCCGCACGUUUGCACUCCGAUGAGCUGUCGGAAUGGUGGCCAGUGGGCGCUGUAUUCGGCGUAAAGGAACCCACGAUCCGCUCCCUACGAGACGGGUCGUACUACAUACGCAUCGAAUCUCCCGCUGAUCUCGUCCGCCUGUACCCUUCGUCUCCCCUCUUACGCGACAUUGACUUCCGACUAUCCGUGCGACAUCCGCUCGACGGUAAGAACGUCGACGAACUGAAGGUGGCGGGCAACAAGGCGUUCAAAGAAGGCCGAUGGGCCGCCGCGAAAGAGGCGUACGAGUGGGCGCUCGACUCGCUCCCUUCCUCCGCCGAUCCGAGCCCAUCUUCGCUCGCUCCAACUCUUCACUCGAACCUCGCUCUGACUCUCAUACGCCUCGACUUUCCCGCCUCUGCACUGCGAGCUGCCGAUGCCGGCCUCGCCCUCCUCGCCGACUCUUCUUCCGACAACCCUCUCGGCCUGAAACUCAUCUAUCGCUCCUCGCUCGCCCUCUACGCCCUCUACCGCUUCACCGAAGCUCUCACACGGCUCGACACCCUCCUCGAAGCGGACCCAGCAUCUUCUGACGCGCUCGCCCUGCGAACGCGCUGUCGCACAAGACUGGUCGAACAACAAUCCGGUCCCUCCGCCUCAACCCUUCGCUCGCUCUUUCUCUCCACCCGCCGAACGCUCGCCUCACGAAAACCCCUCUCGACUCCCGACAUCGCCAACUACCUCUCCCCGUCCCUCUCGAUCCGCCCCCUCCCAGGGCGCGGAAACGGCCUAAUCGCCCUCCGUCCAAUCAAGCGUGGCGAUUUACUGAUGUGUCUCAAGCCGCUCGCAUGGGCUGGGCGGAUCGGAGCACCAAUGGAGGAGGAAGAAGGGCGGUUGAGGUAUACUGCGGGUUUGAACUUGUGGACGGAGCAGCAGGAUCCGUGGGCUGUUGUCGAGUGCUCGAGCGAGGUAGUGUGGAAACUGGGGAUGGAGGGGAAGGAGGGAAGGGAGUGGAGCGAGGUAGGGGAGUUGUGGGCUGGAGAUGAGUUGGGUCGAGCAGGUGCAGAAGCGGAAGACUUACCCAGCAGGGUGGAGGGGAUCGUCACCUUCAACGGCUUCCACCUCGAAGAAAUCUCCUCCCCCUCUCCCGAGGGGGACGCUGAGACCGACCUCUUCCACGCCCCGACCGCUCUCUACCCGCGCCACGCCUCGGCACUCAACCACUCCUGCGUCCCAAACGUCUCGUACACAUUUCUCUCGACCCUCUUCAUCCUGCGCGCGAGGACGGAUAUUGGGGAGGGGGAGGAACUGGUCGAUUCGUAUGUUGAUGCGGCGGAGGAGUUGGAGGGGAGGGAGGGGAAGUUGCGUGGGCAUGGGUUCGUGUGCGAGUGCGAGCUGUGCGAGGAGGAGCGGAGCAUCGGCGUCGAAGGGCGAAGGCGGAGACAGGAAUUGGUUGAGCGGGCGAAGAAGAUCGGCGAGGAGGACCUCGCGAUUCCAGGCGUGCAGGAACGCCUCUCCGCCCUCGUCGCCCAGCUCGAAGCCACCUACUCAUUGUGUCCGCCGCCUCGCCUUCGACCAGCACUCUACGUCCCGCUCCGCCUGCUCUCGCAAUCCUUGGCCCUCUCCUCCCCUUCGACCGGUUCGCUUGACUCGAUUCGUACGGAGUUGCGGGCACUCGCAUUUCUCGGCGCACGCUUUGAUGGCGACGAGGGAGAGGAGAGGAUGGUGGCGCCGCCCCUGCUGAGAGACAUGGACGGCGUGUUGAGCGCCUUGUGGAUCGCGAGGGAGUGGAAGAGGCUCGGUUCGGUGGACAAGAGCAGGCACUGGGUUGCUCUCGCGCGCGACAUCGAGGCGGGACAGGCGGGUGCCGAGGUGUUUGACCUGCGGUACGGCGAGUGGGCUGCUCGACAGGGACUCGAUCUGACUGCACAGGAGACGUAG